GUGGCCGUGCUUCUGCCUGAGAUUCCUGCUGCAAAAUUUGAGCAUCUCAAACCUCAAUACAUGGGAAAAGUUGUAGGCAGCACGGUAAUGUCAUUUGGAGACAAAACUAACACUGGUAACCUGCAAAGAUCUGUCAGCUGCUGCUUGCCCACUCCUGGUUCAUUCUUCUCCACCCCAGGGAGGAGCUGAGUUUGUGUGGCUUUUCAGUAGGUGCGCUUAAAAUGGUUUGAAUUCCCAGCCUUCAACAGUGAUGUGAAGUGUCCAUAUUGUUCCUUCUCACCUCUGUUGCCACUUAUUUGGGAUCUUAAAACAGCUUCUGAUGCUGCUCAUUGUUUUCUCGAAGAGGGGAAGGAGCCCUGCGAAUGCCUUACCUGCGAUGAGCAGUUUCAGAAUUGCUGGAGUGAGCCGUGCAGAGCACCAGCUUGAGCCAGACUUUAGGCAAAGGUUGUGCAAGGAGUCACAGCUCAGUGGUUUGAGCUGGGAGCCCGGUUCCCGUGCCGUGGAGCAGAUCCACCUGCGCUGCACCGAGGGCUCCCUGGAGUGGAUGUACCCGGCACGAGCCCUGCGAGUGGUCCUGGAGCCCAACCUGGCCAGUGGCCGGCACACCACGGUCUGCAUCAAACCCGCCAGCGACUUCCAGGGCGCCAACAUCUACGUGGAACAUUCUGGGCAGCUGCAGCUGGUGGUAAGCGAGGCAGAGGGGGCUCGGGCCCAGCACGUGUCCUGCUUCAGUGCCCACACCCCACCAGGAGUGACCCUGUUCCUGCAGGCCAGCCCGCACAGGGACAUCAGCCGCCGCACCGCCAGCUUCCAGUACGAGCUGCUGAGCAAGCAGAGCACCGCCGGCCACGACUUCAAAAAGAUGGCUCUCUUGGAAGCUAUGUGCCGUCCUUGUGACAACAUGGAACUCCUCAUGGCCAUUUGCAGCAGUGAUUUUGUGGUGAAAGGAUCCAUCCGAAAUGUCUCCCACGACUCAGAGAACCGCAUGUCCCAGGUGGAUGUCCGUGUCCACAAAGUCUACAGGCAGAAAAACAGGAUUUUCCAGCAGGAGGAAGGGAGUGGGGAGUGGAGAGGCCCCAUCCAAACCCUUCUGCAGUGCAAGACAGGUCUUGGGGCCAGAGUAAAAGCUGCUGGGUUCAUCUGCACAACAGGCAAAUGGAGGCUGGUUUUCUUCCUUCCUGCAGCCCCACAGGAUCCCUUCAUCACCCAAAUACACCCUGGCAAAAGAAGGCGAUUGCUGAUCUGGCAGCAAAAGCAGAGCUUUUAGUGCAACACCACGAGCUGCAGCUCCAUUCCAGUCCUGCUUCCCCAGCACAUCCCCCCAACUGCUCCACACCCAGCACUUGGACCAUGUGGCAAGAGCUUCCUGGAAGUAACUGAACUUGGUUCUUAA